CCUCGACGGACAUAAUCAACCCAACCCACAACCCAAAAAUCUUUCAUGUCCAGCUAACGGCAACUGCAUUUCGGCGGACGUGAUUAAAAUUUAACCUCGCUACAUACUUCCAAGUAGGAAUUAUUAUCGAAUCAUCGAUAACCACCGAAAAAGGCCACGCACUCAAGAACCGACGAGGAUUUGAAAAAUCAGUGAUUUCAGCUGACUCGUAGUUUCGAGUGAACUAAGCUCUUUUUACACCUAAGCCGCCAAGUCAAUUGAAAGGAUCUCUUCAGCGAUGGAGGCGCUGAUUCCUGUGGUCAACAAACUGCAGGAUGUCUUCAACACUGUUGGCGCGGACGCCAUCCAACUUCCACAAAUUGUGGUCGUUGGCACUCAGAGCUCCGGUAAGAGUUCCGUCAUUGAGAGUCUUGUAGGGCGCUCAUUCCUUCCUAGAGGCACUGGGAUUGUCACUCGAAGGCCUCUGAUCCUGCAACUUGUCUACGCCCCUAAAGAUGACCAACAGCACCGGUCAGCGGAGGAAGGUACCCUCGAUUUGGAAGCCUGGGGGAAAUUCUUACACACGAAGAAUAAAAUCUACUCUGACUUUGAUGAAAUUAGAACUGAAAUUGAAAAUGAGACGGAUCGAAUGGCAGGCAAGAACAAGUCCAUUUGCCCUGACCCGAUCAACUUGAAAAUCUUCUCGUCUAAGGUUGUAAACCUGACACUAGUGGACCUCCCUGGAAUCACAAAGGUGCCUGUGGGAGAUCAACCGGAGGAUAUUGAAUCCCAAAUUAGGGACCUUCUUGUCCAUUAUAUUGCUAACCCUAACUCCAUUAUUUUGGCCGUCGUGACUGCCAACACAGACAUGGCCACUGCAGAGAGUUUGAAGUUGGCCAAGGACGUUGACACGGAUGGACGGCGGACUCUUGCUGUGGUGACCAAGCUCGACUUAAUGGAUGCAGGUACGGACGCCAUUGACAUCUUGUGCGGCCGCGUAAUACCAGUCAAGCUGGGAAUCAUUGGUGUUGUCAACCGCUCGCAACAGGACAUCAUUGACAACAAGAGCAUUGAAGACGCUCUGAAAGACGAAGCCAGUUUUCUGCAGAGGAAGUACCCAACUCUAGCAAACAGGAAUGGCACCCCCUACCUUGCAAAAACAUUAAACCGCCUGCUAAUGCACCAUAUUAGAGACUGCCUCCCUGAUCUUAAGACACGAGUGAACGUAAUGGCAUCUCAGUUUCAAACGCUGCUCAACUCGUAUGGCGACGACGUUUCAGACAAAAGUCAGACCCUGCUGCAAAUAAUCACCAAGUUUGCUUCCGCCUACUGCUCUACUAUCGAUGGUACGGCUCGCAACAUUGAGACAACAGAAUUAUGUGGUGGCGCCAGGAUUUGCUACAUUUUCCACGAAACUUUUGGACGAACUCUCGACUCGAUCCACCCAUUGACGGGCUUGAACAAAAUGGACAUCCUGACAGCCAUCAGAAACGCCACUGGUCCUCGACCAGCUCUCUUUGUCCCUGAGGUGUCGUUUGAAUUGCUGGUUAAGAGGCAGAUCCGGCGUUUGGAAGAACCUUCCCAGCGUUGUGUGGAACUCGUCCAUGAGGAAAUGCAGCGCAUCAUCCAGCACUGUGGAACAGAAGUGCAGCAGGAAAUGCUUCGUUUCCCUCAACUCCAUGAAAAGAUUGUCGAUGUUGUUACUCAUCUACUUCGACGGCGUCUGCCCACAACCAAUGCCAUGGUUGAGAACCUGGUGGCCAUCGAGUUAGCCUACAUCAACACUAAACACCCUGAUUUCAACAAGGACGCUGCAUACGUCUCGUCUUUGUUGAAACACCACGAAGAACAUGAAACUGCACGCCCGGCCAACAGAAGAACUCCAGUUCCACAGCAAGGGGUCUUAGUUACUGCCCAGGACUCGGAAGUACCGAAGAAUCAAAACGUCGCUCGACUCAAUGGAGAGAUGGUUCCUCUGCAGCCUGGCUGGCUAUCGAGCUAUUUGCCCCAAGCAGGUAAUCUCGAGUCGGCUGAAAACUCUCCAAUGGGAACUCCGGCACAUCAUCCACCCAGUUCACAAAGUCCUCAAAAGCCAGUCAAUCUGUUGCCAGAAGUUCCAACUCAGCAGAGCAGAAAACUUUCCGAGCGAGAGCAGAGGGACUGCGACGUCAUUGAACGUUUGAUCAAAUCGUACUUCUACAUCGUUCGCAAGUCCAUCCAGGACAGUGUGCCUAAGGCUGUGAUGCAUUUCCUGGUCAACUAUGUCAAAGACAACCUACAGUCUGAGCUAGUUGUGCAUUUGUACAAGUCAGACCAUGCAGAGGAGCUGCUCAGCGAGUCUGAACACAUUGCCAGGCAGAGAAAGGAGGCUGCGGACAUGUUGAAGGCUCUGCAAAAAGCAAAUUUGAUCAUCAGUGAAAUCCGUGAGACCCACAUGUGGUAGAUUGUUGUUCCGGAGUAUUUAUUUCUGGAAAACCGCCCGUUUUAGUUCUUUUCUUUUGAUGAGAGAAGUGACCUUCUCAUAACACAAUGAGAUUAGUUGUGAUGUUGAGACAUUCAAGUGAUGAUCAAUUGUUAUUAGACUUCACGGAAUCCGAAUUGUUGUGUUUAUGUAGUUCAGCAGCUUUUACCAUUUUGUGGUCUAGUGCCAAUGCAAUUUUUCAUCUGAGAAGCACAUUAUUUGCUGAUGCUGGUGUGAAUGAAUUGUUGCUUCAGUUUUCUACGCUAAAUAUUGUUCACUAAUGGAGGUUGCUGGAAAACGCAUUAAAUAUUCGGAUGUAUUCAAAAUUUGCUAUUCAUUUUAGUAUGUUCAUUUAUUUUCGAUCAACUGAAAUUAAAAUUUUGGUAAUUUUUCAAGCAACAAGAACUGCAAAUAAUUUAGUUUGAUUUGUAUUUACAGUGUUUUAUGUACCAUUAUUUUUUUAGCAAAUCUUAGCAUUUUUCUAAGUCCGUCAGCUCAGCAACACAUCAUCAUUUAUAUAUAGUCUUAUACACAGUAUAUAAUAUAAAAAUUGUUCAAAUAUUUGCCUAGACACACAUGAAAUAAUUAAGCUGUAUUGCAAAAAUAGAUUUAUAGUCAGUCAUUCCUUACUGAUUGUCAAAAAAGAUCCAAAGAAGACUUUUACUUAAUAUAGAAAUACAUUUACCACGAGAGAUACAAGAAAAUUUGUUUCCAAAAGUUUCAAAUAAUAAAAUUACCAGCAAGUUUGAUCACAAUUACAUCAUAUUAU